AUGGCCCUUCUCCUUGACGACGAGGAAGAAUACACGCCACUGUCUAAGGUAAGAAAAAUUGAGGACCAAUCGCAAUCCAAAGCUUUUAUUAGCUCUCCACUUCUGGGUCCAAUUUCUACUACAGCCAUCCUGUUCAAUAAAAAAGGUGGUGAUGGAAUCCGAAAGAUGGAGCUCCUCAUGUAUGGUUCCACAACUGUGCUCCCCACACCUGACACAAGACCAGAUUUUCUUCCAUCUGAUACGUGUUCAGCUACAACGACCUCGAAAAGCGUCUAUGGAAAAAACUCGUGUAGCCCUCCUGAAGGUGAUACCGAUUGGGUUAAACGAAAUGAUGUCGGAACUGAAGAUUUUAUUCAAAACCAGUGCCUUACUCAGCCCCGAAAAUGUUUAGCUAUUGAUUGUUCCGAUGUUGAAAAUGAUAACAAUUCUAGUGGGAUCGCCAAGCACAUCAAUAAAAGCAACUCAAUCACAGUGGAUUUCAUUUCCCAUUCAAAAAUGGCGAUAUCUGCUCUGUCAACAGGUGAAAGGUCAUCUCGUAGCUCGUUAGAAGAGCCUGAUGCGACUCUUGAAUGUGUUAGCAUGGAAAAAAAGGCAUACCAUGUUGAGCGCUCGUUAUGUGGUGAGUUGGCGAUGCAAAACAAUAUUCAUGAUCCUCGUUUAGGUUGUGGAGUCCCUCUUCCGAUGAGUGCGAAUGAAAAAGAAAAGUGCGCAACAUCAUCUUCCUUGUCCAACACUAGUACUUGUAAUGUUGCAGAACGGAAAUCGAUACAAAAGCAGCAAUUAAAAUUAUCAGAUUUCUUCACAAAAAUGGCGUGCAAAGGAAAAUAA